AUGGGAAAACAAGUUCCAUUUACAUAUUCAAAUCAUACGAUUCUAUUAGAAAUUCCCAAUACGACUUCUAUAAAUGAACAUGCAUAUCGUAUAUUAGAUCAAUGGCAGUUACCAGUUUUUGUUUUUCCAAAAUUACAAGAAGCACUUCGAUUAUUUUUCAAUGAACAAAUUCAAAUAGCAGCAGAUGAAACAACACAAUCUGCUGUUGAACCAAUAAUCAAUGGACAAGUUGAAAUUCAAACUAUUCUUGAUCAAUGGUUUAAACUUGUUCAAGAAUGUAAAACUUAUAUUCAUCAUCAAGAACGACCUAGUGACGAACAAAUAUUUUCAAAUGCAUUUCAAAAUGUUCUAGGAACGAAUUAUGAAAUUCUUCUUCAACUUGAAUAUGUCUAUCAAAGUGAAAUUGAAGAUAUGUUAAAACAACGUGAUAAACAAUUACAAGAACUUGAUGCAAAGUUUGAACAAAAUUUUUAA